UUAAAACUUAUAUGUUAUGGCAAAAUUCGCUUUCUUAGUUAUUGUGUCGGUAGUUUCUUUGAUCAGCACCGAAGGAACAUCCGCCACACGUGUUGUAGGCGGCGAGACUGCAACAGAGAGUCAAUUUCCCUAUCAAAUUUCAUUGAGGCGAAAUGGUUUGCAUUCCUGUGGUGGUUCAAUAAUAACAAAAAAUGUCGUUUUAACUGCCGCUCAUUGUGUGGGUUAUGAUGACGAUGACGGAAACUACACUCUUCACGACCCGAAGACAUUAACCAUACGCGCUGGUUCCAUUGAUCGCUUUAUGGGUGGUGUACUCGUUCGAGUUGUCGAAAUUAUUGCUCAUGAAAAUUAUGGCAACUUUUUGAAUGAUGUUGCACUACUGCGUCUCGAAGAUCCUUUAAUUUUCUCAAAGCUUAUUCAGCCGAUACCGUUAGCUUCUAUUGAGGUUCCGCCUGGUGAGAAUAUAGUGAUUUCUGGCUGGGGUCGAUUAGAACACGGCGGUGACAUUCCUCGGUAUCUGCAAUGGAACACCUUAUCAGUUCUCUCACGUAGUGAUUGUAAGGAUCGUAUACCCUAUGAUACUGAUGCUAUUAUUUGUUUGGAUCAUGACGUUGAUAACGGUGCCUGUCAUGGUGACUCUGGCGGACCUGCUACAUAUAACGGUGAAGUUGUAGGCGUUGCUGGCUUCGUUACCGGCGGAUGUGGUUCUUCGUACCCAGAUGGCUAUGCUAAAGUUUAUUAUCAUGUUGAUUGGAUCAAAAAACAUUCGAAUUUGUAAAGAAAUGCGUAAUUAAAAUAAAAGAAGAUUUUUAUCUUUUCUAAUUCAAAGAUAA